GAUUAUGCUUCUUCUAUGCUUCUAUCACCAGAAAACGGCAUUAUCCGUUUUCUGAAGGCCAACGUCCAAUCGCGUGAUCCAACCAUUAUUUCUGCAGAGGCGAUCUUGCUGGAAUUUUUGAUCUCCUAUAUCCGAAAAUGCCACUCAAUCCUCUCGGCCUAUUUACCAACCAUUAUUAAUUGUUGUCUAUUUAUGGCCGGCUCACGCUCCGUUCGCGUACGAAGUGGCGCCGUGGACGUAUUCAUUACGCUGCUGGACAGAGAUGCAAGCAAGAUUGAUCUGAGUCAAACAGACGUAACCAAUAUCUAUCAAAAUUUCUAUCAUAAAUUUCCCGUGGGCACAGCGCCCACCACCUUUGAAGCGCGCAUUCUGGAAUUACUCGGUGUCGUUGCCAAAUAUCAUUCCGAUGUGAUGACCAACAGUCAAAUUAAGACCAUUCAACGAUGGUGUGUUGGAACACUGCAUUACCAAUUAUUCGAAGCCAGAAAAGCCGAAAACAGUCUUAUAGCGGGAUCUUUCAAAUGCAUCAAUGCUAUGCUUUCGAGUUCAAAAUUCAAAAUCGAGCCUGGCAAGUGGUCCGCCGAUAGCAAAAAAAUCUAUCGUGCCAUUAAAGAAGUGUGGAAUAUGCCGGGCGACUUGGCAAGAUUUAUGGCCCCUAUUGCCGCCUUGGAAUUGUUUGCCAAUCAUGCCCAAUUGUUUGAUGGAGAAAUGAUCAAGGACAGUCAGCUGUUGCUGGAUCAACUGCAGAAAAUGGCCCAUCACGGAAAUCGAGACUUAUCAAAGCUCGGCUAUCGAGCCCUGGAAACACUCUUUAAACAGGAAUCCGUGGCUUUGGCUCAACAUUCAGCAGGCAACGUCGAAAAGCAGGUGUUCCUGGCGGGAUCCUGGCUUGCUAAUCAAGAUACGUUUUUCAGUGUCAAUCCCGAUCAAGAUCGUCUGAUUGGCCAUUUACCUUCAUUCCUGCAAGCUUACGCUCAAUUUUCGCGCCAACUUGAUCAGAUUCCGUCCGAGUUGCUGUCGACGUUGACAAAAAUGGCGGACAGGAUCAUAAUCAAUUACAGCCGCUUAUCGGUAUAUACGCGACAACCAGCGAUCUUUGCCAUGCAGGAUGUGGUGAUGAUCCUUUAUGGUAAAGGCGAAGGCAUGCUACGCAUGUUUCUCCGAGGGUUUUUUUACAAUGCUCUUGUAUGUACUUGCACGGAUGUCUAUGGUGCGGAGCAGGAACAGUAUCAUGCGUAUACCGAUCUGUUAUAUUUCUGGGAAGCGAUCUUGAAGAGCGGUACCAAACCUGCUGCGGACAAUGAGGAUACAGGCAAAUAUGAAAAAUUAAAUACGAUACUGUACGAUGAAUUCUGUUAUGCGCUCCAGCGAUUGAUCAAAACGUUCAACUUGGAAUUGGUAAAAGCCGCUGAUCAAGAGGAGAGCGACGAGAGGGCCGAGAACAGCCCGUUUGAUUUUAUCAAUGCCGUAUCGAAUGCGUUGCAACCUGCCAAUGCCAAAGAUUUUAUCCUGUUCCAAAACCUUGUGGAUUUUUGGUGCGCGCUGCUUCCGAAAUUGCCAGAACAGCAGUUGCAUAACUGGGUUCAUGUGGUGGGUGGACCGCUGACGGAACUGUCGCUGCGCCAUUCUCUGGUGAGCGGCUUUUAUCGUAUGAACGCCGUAAUUCUUCGCCUGGCCAAUGACGCAGGCUAUUUCCGGGGAUGCAGAAAACUGUACCUGCAGCAACAGCAACAGCCGAACCUCGAAUUUUCGGAUGCUCACAUAAAUCACGACGUCUACAACGCCUUUGUCAUGUUUUCCGACUACUUGCGAGAGGUGUGGUAUCGCCUUCAGCAGUUCAAGGAUGAAUUACUAGCGUCUUGUCUUCGAUUAAUUCUCGCUUGUCCCAUGGAUUUCUUUGAUAUUGCUGAAUUGGUCCCACCAUUGCAAACGUCGCUGUCUCUUGGCCUCAGUUUCCAUCCUCUAGCCAUGAUCGCUAUCGACACCUUGGAAAGUUUGAUGGACUGCGAUUCGCCGGUAUCCAAACACCCACAAUUUCUCAUCGACAUAUUACCUUUACUCAACGAUUACCUAAUGAUGGCGUUAAAAUCCAAAGCCGACGCCGUCAAUACCAAGCGCAAGUUUAAACUGUCAACAAGAUCUACGCGACGGCAUGAAGGGAUUCACCGUCAACUUACAGCCGCACAGCUCGGUGUAACCGAUACGGAGUAUGUCAGUCUUCACGAUAUUCAGCUACGUAUUAUGCGUUUCGUGGGUCGCAUCGGUGGGCUCAACAAGCUCAUGCUCCAAGACACGAUGGACAACACUGGAACAAACCGGUCUUCCAAUGUCAAUCGCGAGACACAGUCCGCCCAUCCAACACUAGCAUGGGACCCUGACAGGAAACUCAGAAUUCAUAUUCCCUUUCCCAAUGCUAGAAUCGAUAUGACCUUGGGCAACGCUUUUCAGGCCAAGGAUAAACGAGAAGCCGUUCAAUCGAGGUAUCACCGAAUCUACUUGCGUGUGUUUCCCAUCCUGAUGCGCUUGGCUAUUGAUAUCGAUCAAUUGGCCCGCGAAAUGUUCCGAACACUGCUAUCCCAACUUAUCCACUGGUUAACCAAUAAUGCGCAGUACGAAAAUCCAGAAACGAUUGCCUUACUGCAGACGUGUUUGGACGCGGCAUGUGACACCAACGCGGCGCUCCGUGAUUACGGCGCCGACUGCUUGCAACAAUUUGUGAAAUGGUCGAUCAAGCAAACCAGUCAACGUGCGGUGCAAGGGCCCAUGAACAUCAAGUCGCUGCUGAAACGCUUGCGUAACCUGUCAUCCAACCCGAGCUCAUCCAAACGUCUUGGAGCCGCCCUCAUUUUCAACCGUAUCUAUCGAAUUAUUCGUGAAGAGGAAACCGUGAUUGACGAGUACACGUUUGAAAUCCUGCAUGAUUUCCUGUUCAGUCUUCGCUUGGCGGAACAGGACCAUCCUUCCAUUGGCACGCGCGAACAGAUCAAGGAAGCGAUUUCACACAUCAAACGGAUCCUCCGCGUCAAGUCGUCGCUCUUCAUGAAGCAGACGCGAUCCCGACGUUCGUUCCCGGGUUUGUCAAACGCAGAUAUGCCGUCGCUCGUGGUCUACAUAUUUCAAGAAACGGGACAAUUGCAGCGCGAAUACGCCAAGACAUGCAUGGAUUUCUUUAAUGAAUUUGUUCUUGUGCUUCCUGGAAUCAAGAAUGGUAAACAAUGGAUGAAAAAGCAAAUCAACGACGAUCCGUCCUUCCUCGCAUCAAUCUAUGGAACACAACAAUUAGAUGUCAACGCUUUACAGACGAACAUGACCAUUGCUUCGUACCAAUUGUGGCUGAAACAGCUCCACUGUGCGCUGGACGGAUACAUCUGGCUGCUUGAACGCGAAUUGGUAGAGGUUGAAUGGAUUUUGCAGCAAGAGUCUGCCGUGCUUCUGGAUGCUUUGCAAUUCUUUGUCGAUACCAAGCCGGGGGAGAUCUUGAAGAACGAGUUCCAACACAGCACUAUGGAAAGGUGGAAGACCAUGUCUUUGUACGCUUAUGCAGCCUAUCGCAUGAUUGGAUUGCUCCAAUUCAUUAUCGGUAGCUCCGCCAAAGAAUGCGAAGAUAUCCUGACUUCAAAGAGCACGCAACUGCUUUUGAAACAGGGACUGUUUGAACUUAUCGCCAAGAUGUUAUUACUGCCGAGGGACUUUGCCGAGAAUGCGCAAGCCGAACAAGGGACCUUGGCAAGCUGGCUGCGACCAAAGGCGAUCCGAAAAUCAGCCGCUACAUUGUUGGCCGCCUUGUCGGAAGCAGCGCCUGCCAAAACGAUGCGACCUGUCUGCCGGGCCAUUGGUGAUAUUCUGUUCGCACCGGAAACUGAUUUGACGACGUUUAUUCACGAUUCAAGUAACAUUUGUGCUCUCGGCGAAAGGCCCCAACUGAUUGAAGGUAUCCUUUCCCUUCAGUCCUUAGGAUUGUUGGACGAUAUUUGCAAGGAAUCGCACAAAAAAUGGAAAAAUGCCUCAUCGGCCGAUACCUACUGUGCUAUCCUCUUUGACGAGUUUCUUGAACUGCGAUCCCUGGAAGAACCCAUGACCAACGCUUUUCUUGGUGAUCUCAUUCGUAUUGCUUUCAAGCAACCAGGAUUUGCUGGUGAACAUGGCCGUGACCUAUUAGGUUAUUCCGGUGUCUUGUCUACUCAAGAUUACGACGAAAAGCUUUCCAUUUACCAGAAAUUCAAUGGCAGUAUCAACGACUGCAUUGCAAGCCACUUUAAGGAUUUCGGGCCGCUGCUUAUUGAAAAGGUUCAAACCGACGUCUUUGCCCGCGAUGUUAUUCUAGGAAUGGCGAAGUAUUUAAGCGUCGAAAAGGCCCAUCUUCAUCAACCGAUUCAAAAAUUUAGCAAAGAUGUAAGUCAGCGAAUCGUAUUUAUUUUAUUUAACGAUGUUUUGUUGACGUAA